AGUGGUGCAUUUGGCACAGUACACAGAGCAGUAGAAAAGUUAACAAACAGAACCUGGGCAGCUAAGUUCACAAAAUGUGACGAUGCAUCCAAGGAUUUGAUAAAGCGUGAGAUAGAUGUGAUGAAUAGUCUCCAUCAUCCCAGAAUAUUACAGCUACAUGAGGCUUUUGAAACAACUAAUGAGAUGGUCCUUAUUGUAGAAUUUGUAUCAGGUGAGAAUCUACUUGGGAGACUCACCAGAGAAGACUACCAGCUCACUGAGGUGGACUGUAUUCACAAUAUCAGGCAGGUCUGCCAGGCGUUAGAGCACAUGCACAACAAUAAUGUCAUUCACCUGGAUCUAAAGCUUGAAAACAUUCUAUGUGUGACAAAGCAUAGCAAGGAAGUAAAGCUGACAGACUUUGGCCUGGCACAGUACGUCGAUCCACGCAGGAAGGUGAAGGCUCUCUGGGACACCGCAGAGUACUGCGCUCCAGAGAUCAUCGAUCAUGAGCCUGUCAGUUUCUGCACUGAUAUGUGGUCCCUGGGUGUGCUCACCUAUGUGUUAUUGAGUGGCUCCUCCCCAUUCAGUGCUGACUCUCAGCAAGAGAUAUAUGAGAAGAUCCAGAGUGGCAGAGUAGACUUUGAUGAUGAGUGUUGGUCCAGUGUAUCUGAAGAGUGUGUGGACUUUAUUGAAUCACUACUUGUUGUGGACAAGAAGAAACGCAUGACUGUAAAAGAGGCACUGUGUCACCCUUGGUUAAAUGGGGAGGUUGAUGGCAGACUGACAGAACAGGUUCUUACUACCAGCAAACACAAGCAACUGUACACAACAAGGACAGGCAAGGACUCUGAUAGGUCAGUGCUAGCCAUAGGGGACCAUGUCCGUUCCAGUUCCAUUAUCAGGCAACUCUCUAAUGUUGGCACUUUCGAAAGAGAAUUAAGUAUGGAACUAGCAGAUCAGGCCCCCAGUUUCCAGAGAAUUUUGCAAGAUGUACAGGCAUUUGAGGGGGCAUCAGCCAGGUUUCGCUGCAAGGCACAGGGGCAGCCUCGGCCCACAGCCACAUGGUACAAAGAUGGGGUGCAGCUAGAGGCAGGAGAAAAGUAUGCUAUAUCAAGCCAUGAAGGAACCCUCACUCUCUAUGUACAUGACUUGACAGGACAUGAUGCAGGCCAGUACACAUGUCAAAUCUCCAAUGAUCUGGGCAGUUGUAGCACAACAGGAGAUCUCAUAGUGCAAGGUGCUGGAGCGAUGAGACGUAAGAGAGAAUCAGAAGAUCACUGGGAGAAGAGCAAGAUAAAACUUCAGAAAUAUGAUGUCCCAGAUCUACCAUUUGAAUACACAGGGACAGCACCAGUGUUUAACCUCCCCCUAAUGGGACAGACUGUAAAGGCAGGCCGUAACACUGAGUUCACAGUUUGUGUGACAUGUACACCUGAGGCUGAACUAACCUGGUUCCAUAAUGGCUCCAAGAUUGAGGUCAAUGACAAAUAUGGUUUGGAGGAUGUAUCUGGGGUUCACACAUUAUACAUCAAGGGCACAAGUGCAGAAGACGCAGGAGAAUACAGUUGUCUUGGUCAGAACUCUUACGGCCAGGCCACCACCAGUGGUGUGCUUACUAUAAUAGAGGAAGUAGCAGAUCACCAUAUACACCCUGAGUUCAGCACUAGGUUACAUCGGAUGCACAUCUCAGAGGGUCAAGAGGCAAGAUUUGAAUGCCACAUCUCUGGGGAACCAACCCCAGUUGUGCACUGGUACAAAGAUCGCAAGCUAAUACACGAUGGUCAUCAUUAUAACAUAUCUUUUGAUGCUGAUACACAGUGCCACCUAUUGGUCAUUGAGGAAGCGAUGUAUGAGGAUAAUGGCUGGUUUAUGUGCCGUGCAUCAAAUGAGGCGGGCACGGAAAGUUCCGAAGCUAGGCUAACAGUAGAUUUCCCAGGUUCUGAAUGGACUGAAAGAUUCUACAGCAGGAGAUGCUCUGAUACAACUUCUCAAAGUAGCUUAGAUAGGAUCAGCUUCAGCAAUCAUAGCAGGUCUCAGUUUCACUAUGCCACCUGUCCCACCUUCACAACCAAACUACGGAGCAAGCGCGUUGAGGUUGGGAUGAGCGUGACAUUGAGUUGUUCAGCAACUGGAACACCGAUGCCAUCUAUUCGGUGGUUCAAGGAUGGUGAAAUGAUUACUACUGGAGGAAGAUUUAUUGUAAAGAACAAGUAUGGCCUGUUGUCACUAGAGAUCAGCCCAGUGAAGAAGGUAGAUACAGGCCACUAUACUGUCACUGCACACAAUAGUGAGGGAGAAGCCACAUGUACAGCUGAAAUAGAUGUUGAUGACAGCAAAGUUGUUGAUGAAUGUGACUAUGAAAGACCAGAGUUCCUAUCCAGGAUACGUCAUACUAUCGCAGAUGAGGGCACCCGGGCUGUCUUUGAGUGCCAAGUUAUUGGACACCCAAUGCCUGAUUUUACAUGGCAAAGGGAUACUUUUGAACUCUUUCCUGAUGAGAAUUUACAAAUGACCUCUAAUCCCCGUGGUUACGCCAAACUUGUUGUACGUGAGUGUGCUAGUACUGAUGCCGGCAUGUACUCUUGUAUUGCUCAUAGUAUUGCAGGUCGGACAAAAUGUUCAGCAUCCCUUAGAGUUCUUGAGAAAUCAGGCUACACAGGUAAAGGAAUGGUAAUGAAAGGCAAUCGGGAAUCUCUAAGCUUUUCCAGACGUCCUCUGGACUCCAGCUAUUCUAGUCACUCUUACAGUAAUAGAUCCCAUGAAUCCACCCCCGAGCGAAAUGACACCACAGCACGAACCCACAGAUCCACUGAAUCUUCCCCCGAGCAUAUGGACGUCACAAGACCAUUACGGGAAAUACAACACAGCAAUCUCAGUCAUCAAAACUAUGAAAUGAAAUCUGAAUCACAAAAACCUACUGCGCCAAUGUUUGCUCAAAUGUUACCAGAGACUUUCGAGGCUAAGGAAGGAGAGAAUGUUAUGCUUAGUGUUCGUAUACAUGGUGACCCACUUCCUUCAGGUAAUGCUUAUAACCAGUGGUUGACAUUCCCUAGUCAAUCUAGCCCUGGGUCUAGUAUAAGGAACCCCCUCCCAAGACAGGUGUAUGCAAUUGAGGGCCAGGCGCUACUUCUAAGUGUAAGGGUCCUUGGGGGACCUUAUCACAAAGUAACAUGGCAUAAAGGUGCUAGAGAUCUACAAUUUAGCAGUAGGCACAGAAUUUUUCAUGAAGGUGACACCCACCGCCUGCAGAUAGAUGAAUGCCUAGUUACCGAUGCUGGGCAAUAUACUGCCAUGGCAACAGGACCAGAUGGUGACCAGCAGGAAACUACUGCCCAUGUACAUAUCACUGCCCAUCCUGCACACUCACAAGAUGAGAUAUUGUAUGUUCCACAUCUGAAUGGCGAUACAGGAGACCAUGAUCAUGUGCAUCAACACUCACUUGAUCAUCAAUCACCAACAUUUGUGACAGAAUUACCAAAAAAUGUUCAGAUAUU